GUGAGAUGCUAAACAGGUGAACUACAUAAACGUGUGAAGCGGACGCGCCCCGCUUUUAAUUUUUUCCCCGAGUAGGGAUCGAGAGUAAUCAUUUUGGGAUUUUUUUGAGUGGAGUGUUUUUGUCUUCGAGUUCUGCAGCUUUCUUUUUUUCUUUUCUAAUAAUAACAGACAAUUCUAUAUCUACAAAAUGUAUAAUGUACAAAACACUUCAGUGGUGCCCGGGUCCUCCGUAUACAUUCUCAUUGGGGCAGCGCUAAUGGGUUUGAACGCCAGUAGCGCAGGGUCAGCUCCAAGGCUUCCAGCACUGGCGGAAGAGCUGGAUUGUUGCAGUGGCACAACUCGCACUAUUAAGAUUGGGAUUAUCUCUGUACUAGGUGCUCUAAUCAUCGUGGGCAACUCUGCCGUCGUCCUGGUUAUCGCCUCUUCAGUAUCUGGCUGGUCCAACAACAGUCGCUAUUUUUUGCUGUCCUUGACCUGUGCUGAUGCUGCUCUUGCCCUAGUUGUUGUACCCCUCAAUCUCUACGGUAGUUUAAUUAUGGAGCCUCCUGACGAUGACAACGAUGAGGACCCAGCUAUUGCUCACAACUAUUGUCACAUAGUGGCUUUUCUUAAUUCCAGUGUGUUUGCUUCCUCCAUCUAUUCGCUGGCCACCGUUAGUUUGGAGCGUUACAUAGCAGUCUUUUUCCCCUUACGAUACAGGAUGCUACUUACCCCUACCCGCUUACGUUUGGUUAUAGCUGCAGUCUGGGUGCUGCCGCCACUCUUUCUUUUCCCCAUCUCCAUUCCACAAGCGGGAGUGAUGCGGGUAACUUUCUCCAGGGCGUCUCUCAUCUGCAACCCGGACUACUCGAGCAACGUGCCCUACUCUCUGUUGCUCACUGCCCUCAUAUUUUUUCCUUGUUCAGCGGUGGUUACUUUUGCCAAUUUACGCUUGUGGUUUGCCGCCCGGCGACAGCAACUAAAAAGUGGCAGGACGCACGUGGUUGGUUUUUGUGGCAGCAGCUGGGCACGGAGAAGACAAGGCUUGGCUACUAGAGUGCUGUUGCCCGUGGUUAUCGUUUAUUACAUAUGCUGGGCUCCUUGCAUGUUCACCAUACUGUACAAUGCCAUCACACAGAAGCAUGUACCAGAAUGGGUUGAAUUUGUGGCACUUUGGCUACCCAGUGGAAACGGCUUCCUCAAUUGUAUUGUCUACUUCUGGCUUAAUAGGAGCUUCCGGCAAAAGUUUCAGCAGCUGGGACAGAAAUUAUGCUGGUCUCAAUGCUUCAAUGAGAAGUCACAAUCUAACAAGAGCAAGACAAAGUUUUAUGCCAUUGCUGUUGUUGAUGAGAAACGUGAUGAACUGCAGGUGAGGUCAUGCAGCAUGUCUUCUACUCAUGCUUUGUUGCCUUGUUCCAUAGAAAGCACUUUCCUGUAACCUGAACAAAUGACUUAAGGCUCCAACAUCAUUCUUUAUUCUCAAAAGAAAAUGGAUAUGUCUUGUAGUGGUCUGGACAUUCCAACCCACCAUCCUCCUCAUGAAGUCUAUUUUGCUUGGCAGCUGGUUUAAUGUCCACCAAUGCAUAUUUUAUGCAAGUCUGUUUGGAGGCUAGGACCUAAAUGUUUCACAAGAUACAGCCAGUCAUUUCAGGAUGGAAUGUUUUCACUGUCUUCAUUUAGCAAACUGGACAUUUGCCUACAGAAUUUAUGGAUUUGUCUUGUUCUUUUGAUAACUCUGGAGUCUCAUUUAUGCAGUGAAAUGUGGUUACUGAAUGUGAGACUGUGCCAAAAACUGCAUAGAAAAAUAGCAACAAUGCAAAAUCAAGCUCCUACUAAUCCUGUUGUAUUCUGAUUCUUUGACAUCCCUCAGACUGUGACCUACAAAACUGUGAACAUGAUUUGCAUAGGCCAAGUCGAGUUUCUACUGCUGUCCACCUCUUUGCUGGUCAUCGCAUUCUAGAAAUGAGGGCAAAUGAAUCAUUCUGGAUAAGAAUUGCUGAAUGCUGAGCUGUGUGUGGGGGGGGGGGUAUGAUUACUUUUUUUAUACGUAAAAUUAUUAGAAACUUUGGCACUCUACUCUUGAAAAAGAUAUGGCUUUACCAGUCUCCCUUUUUAUAAUUUUUAUACCUUUUGUUUACACUUCAGUAUGCCUUUUUUAUGUGUACUUGUCCAAAGCCAGACAUCUGUCUUGAAUGGCAUUACCUCAGAUGGGAAUAAAAAUGUUCCAUGUUCUGGUAUACUGCACUUUAAACUCUCAAGUCUGUCUGCAGUAUAGCAGUACAGAUUUACUGUACUUUAAAAGUUGUAUUAUGUAUACAGUUAAUUUGUACGACAAGGGGGUGUGCUAUGUUGGUAUAUUUGUGCCUAUCUGGUUUGCUGUAUAGCCCAGCCUGCUAACAAUACUGUAUUGCAUGUCCUGCUCCCUAUGUUUAGUAAUGGGAACUUGGCAGUGAAUAAUUAAAUUUUUAGCAUGACUGAAUUUGGUAUCAGUUCCACUGCAUUGUGGGAAGUUGUUUGCAAGUGCAUAUGCCAUUUUUGAAGACUUCUGUCUUUCGCACCUUUAGCAUAUAACCACGUCACUGGAAUGAGGUUGGCACGUACAUUCGUUAGGUGGUCACUACACAUUGAUGUCCAUCCACCAUGUACCUGUAGUAAAUCUGUACAAGUAUAAAAGUGAUACGAAACCUGAUACCCCAUAAUAGUUUGUACUGGACAGUGUUGUGCAGCAGUGGUGGGUGUUUGUCCUAAGAUCUACAAUAUUGGAGCAGUUGAGUGACUUGCACAUUCUGAGGUCCAGAAUAUUUUCUGGAGGAAGCAAAAAUACCUGUUUUGGCAUGGACUGUAAGCACUACAGGGGCAGGGAGUGCAUCCCAGGGGACUGCCUCUCUCCUACUGCUAAUGGCUAGGAUUUUAGGGUUCUUGGUGAACCUGUAAUCCUAGCCACAGAUGUCUACCUAAUGCUGUGGUAGAUGAGCUUCCUAGCAGCAUUAUUUUUAAGCAAAUAACAUUUCUAGUCAACAAAUGGGAAGAAAUGGUAUACUGUUUUGAUAUUUAAUAAAAUAUUAAAAAAAUAAAUAAAAAAGGCCAAACUGUUUAAAAUUGGGGAUUUUAAGAGGUAUGCAAAAUGUCAAGUUCACUAUUUUGCAUAUUUAGUAUCACCAUAUAAUAUGUACAGCACUUGGAUGGGUCUUGUUUUUCCUAUUUUAUAUAUUUGUACAGAAUGAAGCUAAUAUUUUGAUAUGAGCAGAGCAAAGAAAUGUGUAUUGUAAAUUACUGUGAUUUGUAUAGUGAGACUGAAUUUAAAAAGAAAAAGCUGAAUUUGUUUAAUAUGAAUAAAAUAAAGUUUCUGGCCUUAUAUUAAAUA